GGCUUUUCCCCUAAACGUGACUCGUGACUCAUAAUUACCUUUCGAAAUCAGAUGUGUGGCUAUUUCCUAGUAGCGCACAAACGGAAAAGAUCACUGUGCCUUGAAUGAGAUAGGAAGAUACGUCACUUGUCAUUCCAGAAACGACCUCUUAACAUCAAAUAAUUAAGUUAGCAAGCCUGUGACCUGAAGGAGCAAGUUGUUUAAAUGCUGCAGUUCCAAUCCAAAGGAGUCACCACCUCCUAACCCCAGACAAAAAGCAAGGCGGGUCAUACCAUGUGAUACUAGCUGAGUUGAGUUCUUCAUACAAGAAAGAGGUAGGCAGUCAGCAAACCAGGUAGAGAGUAGUAGCGUAGCACCUGAUCACUGGACAUGGCUGGCACAGCUGCUUCUCCAACGUCCUUAGUUGAAAUUACCAUAUCAUGCAGGAAUCUGCGUGACACAGAUGUAUUCUCAAAAUCAGAUCCGUUGUGUGUAGUAUUUUAUCAACCUUUUGGAUCCAGAGAGUGGACUGAGUACAAGAGAACUGAAUGUAUAGAUAAUACCCUCAACCCAGACUUUGCUACGAAGAUCUCAAUGACUUAUCACUUUGAGGAACAACAGCAUUUAAAGUUCAAGGUGUUUGAUGUUGACUCUAAUUCCCCAUCACUUGACUACCAUGAUUACCUGGGGGAGUUUGAGUGCACCUUGGCCCAGCUAGUCAGCUCCCGGACAGUUCAGAAGCCUUUGCAAGACCCCAGCCAUUCUGGUGAUAAUGGGUACAUCAUCAUCACAACAGAGGAGCUUAGUUCAUGUAAGGAAGAGCUUGUUGUUCAGUUUGUAGGUAAGAAGCUGGAAAACAGAAGCUGGUUUUGUUCUAUCAGCCCGUUUCUUGAGUUUUACAAAGCCAACGAGGAUGGAACGUUUACCCUGGUGCAUCGCACUGAGCCAGCACGAAGCACCAACGACCCAGUGUGGAAGGAGUUUUCAAUACCGCUGCGUACGUUCUGCAGUGGUGACUACGAUCGCAAUGUUAAAGUGAUUUGCAACAACUUUAAGUCAAAUGGAAAUCAUAAACACAUUGGUACCUUUCACACAACAGUGAGGAAAUUAACUGAAGGGCCAGGUGCAUCAAAUACAUGCUGGCUGAUUAAUGAAGAAAGAAAGCGGCAGAAGGGAAGCAGCUACAAAAACUCUGGGGAAGUGUUGGUGAACAAAGCUCACACCCGACAAGUCUUCUCCUUCAUUGAUUACCUCAAGGGGGGCAUGGAGAUCAAUGCCUUCAUCGCCAUUGACUUCACAGCAUCAAAUGGUGAUCCUAAAUCACCCCAGUCACUACACUUCCUGAAUCCAGCGCUUCCAAACCAGUACGUCCGUGCCAUCACCUCUGUGGGGGAGAUCAUCGAGGACUAUGACACAGACAAGUUUUUCCCUGUCCUUGGCUUUGGGGCGAGGAUGCCACCAGCCUUCACAUCAGUGUCACAUGAGUUCUUUGUCAAUGGAGACCCCACCAACCCCUUCUGUCACAGAGUCCAGGGAGUCCUCGAGGCAUACUACAGUUGCCUGAACCGUGUGCAGCUCUAUGGGCCAACCAACUUUGCUCCCAUUAUCAACCACGUGGCUCGCUUUGCCGCCUCCAACACAGCGGGGGAUAAGUACUUCAUCCUUCUCAUUCUGACAGAUGGCAUCAUCACCGACAUGCCCCAGACAAAGGAGGCAAUUGUCAAUGCCUCCUCCUUGCCCCUGUCAAUCAUCAUUGUCGGGGUUGGGAACGCAGAGUUUGACAACAUGGAGGAGUUGGACGGUGAUGUGGUGCGCUUGUCCAGCAAUGGUCGGUAUGCUUCCAGAGAUAUAGUGCAGUUUGUUCCAUUUAGGGAUUUUUUGAAAGGGAAUGGGGAUCCUCGCACGGCUAGGCUCAGACUGGCUCGAGAAGUUCUAGCAGAAAUACCCGAUCAGGUUAUCUCAUACAUGAAGACUAAUAACAUUGUACCCCAGGCUCCAAAAGUUCUUGAGGCCCAGUUGCCAUCAGAUCUUGGCUAACAAGAUCACACUGCCUACACUUAUUGCCUUACAGAACUGGUAGUGUAGUGAGUAUGUCUCACAGGCCAUUGUGUUGUUCAGUGUACUACGGGCCUACUGCCACAAAUAUUGCACUUUAUAUGGUAUUAUAGUCUGUUCACUUAAGCUAGAUUCCUGGCGCCUAGGCAGGUUGGUAAGCUUGCAGCUGAUUGGCUGCUCCGCUCUCCCGCUAACA